GUAGCAGCGGACGGGAUGCUUGGUCAGUGAAUCACAUGUCUUGCACCGACCCCGUUAUUCUCUGGUAUAAAAACGAGCAGCAGCGGCACCGAGGCAGCUUCAGACAGUCUGGAGUCUCAGGAAACAGACAGAGGUUUUUUUUCUCUCUCUCUCAUCAUUGCCUGCUGGCCCCAGUGAGAGUCAGAGAAGAUGUUGAUGAUGAUGAUGAUGAUGAAGAGGAAGGGGCUGAAGUCUCUGACCGUGGUCGCUCUCCUCCUGGCCUCAGCCAACUGCAUCCUGCCUCCGUCCAGAGAAGAUCUUCAACAGCUCUCCGUUCAGGGGGAGAAGUAUCUGGACAAGCAGAUUGAAAACGCCAUAACCGGAGUGAAGGAGAUGAAGAGCGUGAUGCAGAAAUCUUCGGAGGAUCACCAGAAGUUUCUGGACGCCCUGGAGAAGACCAAGCAUCAGAAAGAUGAAGCGCUGCGCACGGCUCAGGAGAUGGAGGCCAAGCUGGAGCAGGAGGAGGAGGUGUGCAACGAGACCAUGAAGGCUCUGUGGGAGGAGUGUAAGCCCUGUCUGAAGAACACCUGCGUCAAAUACUACUCCAGGACCUGCAGCUCCGGGUCCGGACUGGUGGGACGCCAGCUGGAGCAGGUGCUGAACAGGUCGUCUCCCUUCUCCAUCUGGAUCGACGGGGAGAAAAUGGACGUGCUGCGGCGGGAGGGCCAGCGGCAGAACAAAGAGCUGCAGAGCCUGGAGGAGAAAUUCACCGUGAUGGCCGACGGCGUGGACAGCAUCUUCUCAGACAGUAUGAAGGUGGCCGACCACGUCCACGACGGCCCUCCGGUCUUCUUCCUCCCCAGUUUCCUGGGGCCGUACACUCGCCGCAGCAGAAGCAUCCGCUCUCUGUUGCAGGAUCCUUUCAGCGGCUUCCAGAGCUUGUUCUCCCCCAUGAUGGGGAUGGGCAGGAACUUCUUCCGGUCCAUGGACUCCAUGAUGGACAUCGACUCCGACGCUCCUCCUGACGACAGCGGCAACAUGAACGAGGACGUGGUGAUCACUAAACCGUUCGGCGACGGCAGGAUGACCUGCAGAGAGAUCCGCCGCAACUCCGCCGGCUGCAUCAAGUUCCGCGACGAGUGUCAGAAGUGCAAAGACAUCCAACAUAUCGACUGCUCUGGGACCAGGCCCCUGGAGGGCCCCCUGAAGGAGGAGCUGGAGGAGGCCCUGGCGCUGGCCGAGCGCUUCACCCAGCAGUACAACGGCCUCCUGAGGAGGUUCGAGGAGCAGAUGUUCAACACCUCCUCCGUCCUGGACCUGUUCAACAGGCAGUUCGGCUGGGUGUCGUCCCUGGCCAACAACACCGGCGGCGGGGACGGCAUCUUCCACGUUCAGACGGUGAUCGGCAGGGACGCCGCCGAGAAGCAGCCCGGCGCGGCGAAGCAGCCCGGAGACACGGAGGUGUCCGUGCAGCUCUUCGACUCCCCCCCGAUGAACGUCAGCGUGCCGGGCGACAUCCCCUGGAACGACCCCAAGUUCUCCGAGGUGGUGGCCCAGGAGGCUCUGGACCGCUACAAGGAAUCCAGCAUUAUGGUGAAGUAAGUUCCCAGUUGGAUCUGCGCCCCCCGACCUGCACUGACAACAGAAUGUUCUGGAUUCAUCGAAACGCACCUGGAACAAAAAAAAACCAAACAAAAAAAAAAAAGCCAACCCACUGAUCCUGUUGUAAAGCCUCUCAGAGUCCUGCUUUCGCAAACGACACAGUUUAACCUCAAGAGAUUUGUAUUGUUCUGUUAGAGCUCUUUGUCCUGCUGUAAGAGAAGGUAUUAAGUAGAUAAGUGGCCUGACUGUAUUUCUGUUGUACCUCCAACAUUAAGGCCUUUUUGCAGUAUAUAUAUAUAUAUAUAUAUAUAUAUAGGAUUUAUAUAUAUAUAUAUAUAUAAAUCCUAUAUCUGAGCUGGUCUUUGCUUAAACGUGCCACAACACUUAAAAUGAUUUACGCUAAGUUUCCGUUAAAAGCCAAAACUGUUGUUAUUCAGUCUGGAGUGGUUUAUUCUGACUGGCGUUCUAACUCCAGUAGAUAUCACUAUUAUUUUCUCAAGAACAAUUUAAUAAAGAUAAAUAGAUUUGUUGCAAAACAAAGAAAAAAAGCAAGAAAAGCAAAAUGUAUUCAAUCCUCUACAGAUCUCUGCUAAGUGAUGGAUUUAAUAAUCUCUGAUUAGAGAGAAAACGCUUGGGAAUGUAAAAAGAAUAGACGCAGAAAAUCCAGGAUGGCUUGGAGCCCCUCUCUGUAAAACCGCCUAGCAAUGAAGCAAUACAUAAGCGAUUUCAUAAAACCUGCUCAAACCA